AUGUGAGCAGAGUCCAGGAAUGCCUUAUGUGGAUCGGCAGAACCGAAUCUGUGGGUUUCUGGACAUCGAGGAGAAUGAGAACAGUGGCAAAUUUCUGCGGAGAUACUUUAUUCUGGAUACCCAGGCCAACUGCCUUCUCUGGUAUAUGGACAAUCCCCAGAACCUGGCAGUUGGGGCAGGAGCUGUUGGAUCUUUGCAGCUGACCUACAUCUCAAAGGUGAGCGUAGCUACCCCAAAGCAGAAACCAAAAACUUCAUUUUGCUUUGUCAUCAACGCCCUCUCUCAGAGAUAUUUUCUUCAAGCCAAUGACCCGAAAGAUCUGAAGGAUUGGGUUGAAGCCCUGAACCAAGCCAGCAAAAUCACUGUGCCCAAAGUUGGAAGUGUACCUGUGACUACCAAAGUUAUCAAAAGUGUGCCAGUUCCUCCAUCCCUAGAGAAGAAACAUCAGGUGGCCUACAAAACCGAGAUCAUCGGAGGGGUGGUGGUGCACACCCCCAUCAACCAGAAUGGUGGCGAUGGACAGGAAGGGAAUGAGCCUGGGUCUCAUGCCAUCCUCCGAAGGUCUCAGAGUUACAUCCCCACGACAGGCUGCCGUGCUCCCAGUGGUCCUCCCCUUAUUAAGAGUGGCUAUUGUGUGAAGCAAGGGAAUGUGCGCAAGAGCUGGAAACGGCGCUUCUUUGCACUUGAUGACUUUUCCAUAAGCUACUUCAAGUGUGAGCAGGAUCGAGAACCACUUCGCACUAUACUUCUCAAGGACGUUCUCAAGACCCACGAGUGUCUGGUCAAAUCUGGAGAUCUCUUAAUGAGAGACAAUCUAUUUGAAAUCAUAACAAGCUCCAGGACCUUCUAUGUUCAGGCAGACAGUCCAGAAGACAUGCACAGCUGGAUUAAGGCGAUUGGAGCAGCUGUUCAGGCCCUCAAAUGCCACCCCAGAGAAAUCUCCUUUUCUCGGUCCAUUUCUUGGACUCGUUCUGGAUCCUCCAACCUAUCAGGGGGACCCAACUCUCUCUUGUGCAGAGGAAGACCACCUGGAGAAGAGAAAAAAGCUCUCUGCAAAGCCCCUUCUGUGGCCUCUUCAUGGCAGCCCUGGACACCUGUCCCUCAAGCUGAAGAAAAGCUGCUUCCAGCUGAAGAGAGUCCUGAAGACUCUUUGUUCACAUCUUCUCUUGGGGAGAGCACCCAGCUGCUCCCCAGUUCCCGGAUAAGGCACAGAUCCGAACCUCCUCAAUCCAAGGAGAAACCAUUUAUCUUCAACCUGGAUGAUGAAAACAUACGAACCUCUGAUGUGUGACGAAUUUAGUUCCGGGGUCAGGGGUAGAUGGCAAGGCAAGGAGGCCAAGAUUCACUUCCUUCACUUGUUGGAAGACAGUCGCUAGCCUUUAUGGCACUCGUAUUCCUGUGGAGCUUGGAGGGGCCCACCUAGCUGGAUUUUUACUUUCUAGAAUACCGGCACAGUGUAUUUGCUUUGGAGAAUUCACUGGGUUAGACCGAUAGACAUGCUAGUGGAGAGUAGGUUGCCCCUUAAUGGACUGUUCCCAACUCUUCCUGCUGAGAGGAAGUUAGGAGUCCAAGUUUUAUUUUCUUGUCCUUGUUUCAG